AUGUCGCCGCCCCCGUCGUCUUCCUCGUCCUGCUCCAGACCCGGUUCUGCCCACGCCUUCCCCGCCACGACGGAUUGGGUGCAAAAUAACGAGAAUGUACCACCUCUCUAUCUGUCCCACCACUAUAUGCCCUCGUUACAGAUCCGGACCGAUGUACCCCCAACUUCCAGUCCCAUGAAUUCUGCCGAUCCUAUGGUUACCUACAGCGUCUCCUCCGCCGGUAGUAGUGGUCUGCCACCGCGGACGCCCAGUUUUCGUGGACUGCGUGCUGCUCGCAAUUCGAGUACUAAUUCUUUGUCACCGGCUGCUUCGGUUUUGUCGUCUCCUCAGUUGCUGGCUAUGGGUGAUAUUACGCCCUUGCCUUCGCCUAUUGUUGGUGCUACCCCAUGGAGGCCGUCUCGAAACGAUGCGCAACCUCUGUCUCGUACGCCCUCGACCAUCUCUCGCCCUGGCUCUAGUCUGAGUUUGCGAUUGAGUGAAUCCUCUCAUCGCUUCGGACGGUCGAGCUCGCGCUCUCGUACGAGACCAUAUACCAGCGGAGAGAGGGGGGAACGGUCUAUCGAUACUGCUGCUAGUAUUCCUGAAGUCCCACCUCCCAGGCACACGCGAAACCGCAGUCUGAGUGACUAUGUGCCCCCAGGACGCAGUAUCCCCAUUAAACCACGUCCGAUUGUCGCGUCAGGAUCACAUAGUAUCGCUCCGUCUUCCGGUACCGACGACAAAACCAAAAACGGUCUUCAUCGCGAACAAUACCUGGCCGUGCAGCGCGGGAUUACUUUUCCUGCUGCUCGUCCGCUUACACCGCCCCGGAGCAGUCGAGGUGCUGACGAUGAGCAGCAAGGGCCGGUCGUUGGCCGUUCUGCUUCUCUGGGUGAUUCGGAAGAGGUUUAUUCGGUGCGAUCAAUACGCAGCCGGCAGCCUCGCAAAUACCGCAAGCUAUGUCAACUUGGCCAAGGGACAUUCAGCCAGGUCAACCUUGCUGCUCGCAUGGAGCUGGACCAAGCAGAUGGCGCCAGUGAUCUGUCUCCCAUGGUCGAUACAGCUUCGACGCCGCGGAAAUUGGUUGCGGUCAAAGUGAUCGAGCAUGGUCCUGCCGGUGGUGCGGAUGAGGAACGUCUGGAAGUCUCCCUGAAACGGGAAGUGGAUAUCUUGAAAACCAUCAAUCACCCGUCCAUCGUUCAACUCAAGGCCUUUGGCAGCGACGAGAAACGAGCCUUGUUGGUCUUGGACUAUUGUCCUGGAGGAGACCUUUUCGAUAUCGCAUCGUCAAGCUCGCGACCCAUGUCGUCCAGCCUCACUAGACGUAUCUUUGCGGAAUUGGUGGCUGCAGUGCGCUACCUCCAUCAGAACUUUAUCGUCCAUCGAGAUAUCAAACUAGAAAACGUGCUCGUGACCAUCCCAUCGGCCGCCAUGCAUAAGCCAAUCGACUGGCGCACCUAUGAUCGAGCCGUUGUCACCCUGAGCGAUCUUGGUCUCUCGAGACGAAUCCCCGAACCCCCCGAAAGCCCGCUUCUCCAUACCCGUUGUGGCAGUGAAGACUAUGCAGCACCCGAGAUCCUUAUGGGCCAGGCCUAUGACGGACGUUCAACCGACGCGUGGGCCCUCGGUGUGUCCUUGUACGCCAUGAUGGAGAACCGACUGCCUUUCGACGCCCUUCCCGGCACUCGUGGUGACCCCGCCAAACUCCGUGCGCGAACACCACACCGCAUCGCUCGAUGCGAGUGGGGUUGGUACCGCUAUGCCGACAGUGACGAGGAAUGGGACUCCGAAAAGGGCAAGGAUUGGGGCGAGGCACACAAAUGUGUUGAGGGUCUCUUGAAGCGCAACACACGACGAAAGAACCUCGAUGAUAUCGCCGCCAUUCCCUGGGUCCGGGAUGCGAUCGAUAUGCCUGGUGGGUUGAAACGAGGUGACCAAGAGGUGCCUUAG